AUGCCUGGGAAGGGAGGAGGAGGAGGAAAGGGUGGGAAGGGAGUGGGGUUUGCUAAACCUGCAGAUCCAGCAUUUAUCCGAAGAUUAAAAGAGCUUCAUGGAUAUAAGGAAGGUCCAAGUAUAGAAGACAAGAUGAGACAGGACGGGUUGGAUGAUGAUGAAGGAGAUGAGGAUGAAAGAGAUGGAGAGAAACCGGUGGUUGUAGUCCUAAAAUCUGGAGAUUUAACACAAGAAGAGGCAGACAGAUUGAUUGGAAAUAACAAAAAUAAAGAACCUGAAGAAGCUCCUCCUCCUGACGGCCGAAUUCUUUUCAAAAAACCUGUCAAAAAACGAGAGUUAGAUGAAGCCUCUGAACAAAAGACUGAACUAAAAAAGAAUAAGAAAGCAAAAAAGAAAGAGAAAAGUUUGCUAUCGUUCGAUGAAGAGAAUGACGAGGAAGAUUAAAAGUACAAAUCUUGUAAUACAAACUAAAGAAAAUAAAAAUUUUACAAAAGUUA